AUGUCCCUCCGUGAAAUAAUCUCUGGUGAUCGAAUAUUUCCCAUCAACCCUGCACCCGAAUCCUCUGUAAAAAUCGGCAGGAAUGCCUCUCUGAGUAUCUUACAAGCUCACAUAAAAGAGCAACCCACGUUCCUGGAUUACAUUUCGGGCGGCGCUGAAAUACAAUUGUCAGUUGCCAUAGAUUUUACGGCGUCAAAUGGUAAUCCGCAUGAUCCGAGGAGCUUGCAUUAUAUCAACGGCUUUAGACAGAACGAUUACCAGAGGGCGAUUAGCAGUGUAGGCAAAAUAUUGGAAAGUUACGAUAGUGACAAACUUUUUCCGGUGUACGGAUUUGGUGGAAAGUUUAAUGGAAAUUUGUCACAUGCACACCCAUUAAAUAACAAUUACCGAAAUCCUGAAGUUACAGGAGUGGAUGAUAUGGAUUCAACCAUAAGGGCAAUAAUAAAGGCGAGUUUGCUACCGCUGUCGAUAGUUAUUGUUGGUGUGGGAAACGCGGAUUUCACCAACAUGAAGAUAUUGGACGCUGAUAAUGAACCGUUGGUCCAAAAACUAUCACCUUAUUCAGAACCCGUCAAAAUGAAACGAGAUAUUGUACAAUUUGUGGCAAUGCGAGAUUUCGAGUUAAGAUCUUCGCAUUAUUUAUUGCCCAAAGCUGUGCUCGAGGAAAUACCUGAUCAAUUUAUGAGUUACAUGGAGCUUCACGGGAAAACUCCCCGGCCGCCCAUCAGACGGACUACCGCAGAGCUGGAAAAGAAUAAGAAUUUAAGGACCGUAAAUAGGGGCGAUGCAGAGGACCUCGAAUUUGAUGAGCCGCCACCAGAAUACAGCGCCUAA